AUGUACGCAAGACCAAAACAUGCUAAGAAACACCUAACAGCGAUAGUCAGCAGAUCCAUCAACCCAUUCACAACGCUACCGAUCCCAACAGGAGAAGACUGGCGAGAGAAAUGCAACGGAGACCCAGACAUCAGCCACAUCAUCAAGGCAAUCCGCAACAACAAAAAGGUAGACAGAUCAAAGCUCACAAACCCAACGUAUGCCUCAGAACUCAACAGAGGUAAGCUAGAGAUUGAAAACGGCAUCCUAGUAUACCAAUUCAAAGAACCGAAGUUGGCACCAAUGCGUCAACUACGACGAGCGGUCGUCCCACCAAGAUUGAGAGCCACAAUCAUAGCAGCAUACCACGCAUCACCAAUGGCAGGAUGGCAAAGGAUAUCAGAGAAGCAGUCCUAG